AUGGCGGAGCCUCUGCAGACAGCGAGCAUGGAAGAGGAGGAGCAGGAAGACGAUGAGCUGGACGAGGAGGCUGAGGAGUCGACGACAGUGCAGGAUGAGGGGAUAGUGGACGAGGAAUCUGCAAACCAGGAGAAGCCAGAGCAGGAGACUGUGAAGAAGAAGAAAGGUUCCAAGAAGGACGACUCUGGUGAGAACCAGGUGAAAGAGAGCCCCGCUGAAGCAAAGAAGCGCAUCUCGAACACGAUAGUCCUUCAGCCUGGCACGGAGAACUUGAGGGUAGGACGGGCAACGGAUGAGUCACCGACUGUCGUUCCUCACUGCAUCGCCCGUCUGCUCGUUGAGGAUGCAGAGGAUCCAGCGGACUUCUCGCUUCCACCAGCAUCCUCCGACAAGAACUGGCUGCAGGAGAAGCAGAGGGAGAUGCUGGAGGUGGAGCGGAGUCUGAAGAGAUGGAGUGGCCCGACGAGGAAGACGCCGACAGGGGAGGGGGAUAAAGUCGAUGAGGAGAUAAUUUCAGCCCCUGGGGAGGAGCCAGAGAUCCUGGGGGCCUCCUUGGGGUCGGCAGCGUUCUACUGCGGCUCUUCUGCUCUCCGAGUCACUUGCCAGAGGAGGUCGGACGGGACGAGGUACUCGCUGCAUCGUCCCUUCAGGAGAGGAAGGCUGUUCGCCAAGCCUUCCUUGGAGGUGGCGGCCUGCGAUCUCCAGGCGAUCUGGGAGCAUGCCAUCCGGGAUGUACUCAGCAUACCAUUGCAGGAGCUCGCGAACAUGGCUUGCGUGCUGAUUGUCCCUGCAAACAUCUGCAAGAUGGACAUCAAGAUUAUGGCGGAUGUCCUCUUGACAAGAAUGCAGUUUGGUAGCCUCGCGGUGGUACAAGACGCGUCAUGCUCUAGCUACCAGGCUCACUCGCACACCUCGUGCGUUGUCGACAUUGGGGCAGGAAAGACGUCAGUGACGGUGGUGGAGGAUGGCAGUUGCGUGCCCUGUGCAAGUGAGAGGACGAAGGACGGUGGGAGAGGCGCUAGGGCUGAGGAUGGUGUAGGUUUUCAUCUCGGGUACGGGGGUCUGGACAUGGAGAGGAUGCUGCUUGCUUUGCUCAAAGAGUCCUCCCCUGCUUCAGAUAAGCCGCCGUCGUCGGAAGGCAAGAAGAGCAUCCUGUCAAAGUUCGACGCGAACGAGCCGUACCACUGUGAAGAGCUGCGGAUGUUCAAGGAGAGGACGUGUUACAUCCUCGGCGCUCAGCAGGAUAUCUUCUGGAAGAACGAUGAGAUGCGUCUCGCCCUGCCCAACCAGCCUUCGACUCUCCACAGACUUCGUAUCUUGUCUCCUGCAUGCCUUCCUCCCAUGGGUCUCUUCCACCCCAAGCUGUUUGAGCCCCUGGAUUGGAAGUUGGCAAAGAGGAAGAGAUGGGCAGAUGCCGAGGAGAUUGUGGAUGACGACUUCGUGCUUGACAUGCUUCAGAAUCGCUCAGGAGGGCAAGGAGACAAGGAGGAUAGGCUGCUGCUGCGCGACGAGUAUCUCUUCCUACCCUCGGGCUCUCCGCUCUGCCUCUCGGACGUGAUUCGAGAUGCGAUCGCUCGAGUGAUGCAGAUGCAUGAGAUGAGCAAGGAGACGAAGUUGGCAGAGUUCACGCAGAAGCUCUACGGUAACAUCAUCCUGGCGGGAGGAUGCUCAGGUAUCAAGGGUCUCGCUGAAGCGAUCGAGCAACGACUCAGCAAGAUCAAACCAGCGUUUGUGAAUCAGGCAACUGUUCUCGUCAACCCCAAGUCAAGGUCGAGCCUCCAUCUUGCCUGGUGUGGCGGAAAGCUUGUGGCAUCUGCUGAAUGCUACCGCGAGAUCUUCGUGAAACGAAAAGAGUGGCAAGACAGGGGGAUACAAGUUCUGCGAGAAAGAGUUUGCUUCCCCUGGUGA